AUGAUUCAAACGUUGUAUCGUAGACUUGAAAUGAGCUUUGCAGAUCCAAGUGAUCGAGUAGUUAUGGGUCGAUAUGCUCGAACAGGAGCAUUGAGCGAACCCGAUAGUGAAGAAGAUGAUCAUGUUGAUGAAAGUUUAAGUCCUUCUUUAAAACUAAAUGAAUCGAGUGAAUCUUCAUCGGAUACUAAUGAAGAUGAAGACGUAAACAGUGAUGAACAAAAGGAAGAAGAAUGGGAUUCGGUGCUAAGCUUUAUGUCAAGAAAUACUUUUCAAGUGAAACCAGGAGAAAAUCGUUGGAAGAGUUUUAAGAGAAGACAGACUUAA